GGCGAAGCGCAGUGCCCCUCCUCGCCGCCAGCCGCCUCUGCUUUUUCUGGGCGGUGCCUCCGGAGGCCCCGCCCGCCGUAGGGCCGCAGCGCGGGCGAGGGUGGCGUGCGGCUCGAAGCACGGAAGAGAGGAAGGGGGCGGCGACCGUGGCUGCUCCGACCGGCGUGCUGGGGACGCGCCUCCUCCCCGGCGGCGACGCCUAGGAUCUCCAAGGAUCUGAGAGCCUGAGAUCUGCAUCUCAGAUCCAUCCGCAUACAAACGCUCAGAGGAAGAGAACAAAGAAGUUCGGACGGUACUGAUGGAGGCCACCGAGGACCUCAGAGCCUGAGACCUGCAUCUCAGAUCCAUCCACGCAAACACUCACCAUAGAGGGAAAGAGAGAGGGAAGCUCGAGUGGUACUGAUGGAGGCGACCGCGUUGAGCAUCGGCAAGUCGGUGCUGAGCGGGGCGCUUGGCCUCGCCAAGUCCGCCGUUGCGGAGGAGGUGGCCCUGCAGCUGGGAGUACAGCGCGACAAGGCCUUCGUCACAGAUGAGCUGGAGAUGAUGCAAUCUUUCUUGAUGGUGGCGCAUGAUGAGCGAGGUGAGCACAACAAGGUGGUCAGGACCUGGGUGAAGCAGGUCCGCGACGUCGCCUAUGACGUCGAGGAUUCGCUCCAGGAUUUUGUUGUUCGUGUGGACAAACAGUCUUGGUGGCGCAUCCCUCGUACGCUUCUCGAUCGUCGCCAUGUUGCCAAGCAGAUGAAGGAGCUAAGGACCAAGGUUGAGGACGUGAGCCAGAGGAACUUGCGCUAUGGCCUCAUCAAGGGCUCUAGCUCCACUCAGCCUGCUACUGAUGCUGCCCCUGCCGCUGAUGCUGCCAUGUUCGGCGUUGAUGAAGCAAGGCAUGCGGCGAGGCAGCACCAAACAAGAUCCGAUCUUGCCCAGCUGAUCAACGAGGAGGGUGACAACCAAGUUGGAGUGAUCGGUGUAUGGGGAACAAAUGGCAGUGUUGGGCAUACCUCCAUCAUCUGGGAGGCCUACGAGAAUCCAGACGUCAAACUGAAUUUUCCGUGCCGAGCAUGGGUCAGGGUGAUGCGUCCUUUCCAUCCAACAGAAUUUGUCCAGAGUAUGGUGAAACAGUUUCACGCAGCAGUAGGGGUUGGUGUUCUGCUGGAGGGUGAAAAGAAGGGGCAAGAUUUGGCUCAGGCUUUCAAUGAAUAUGUCAAUGAGAAGAGGUGCCUGAUUGUGCUUACUGGCCUGUCCACAAUUGAAGAAUGGCACCAGAUCAAGACUUGUUUUCCAGAGAACAAACUGGGGAGCCGGAUCAUAGUAUCCACGGAACAUGUUGAAGUUGCAAGCCUAUGCCCGGGGCGGGAAAGUACUGUAUCAGAGCUCAAACAAUUGUCUGCUGAACAAACCAUCUAUGCUUUCUACCGGCAGAGCUCUCAUGAUGUUACAUAUCCAUCAAAGCCAGCAUCUAGGUCAAAGUUAUCCAACAUCCCUGAGAAUGAGAUACAAGAAGACCAAUCCAAUGCUUUUGUUAAUGGAAAUAUGAUAGCGCAAAAGAGGUUAACACGUGGCUACACAAUGAGAGGUGUCCUUGAGGAAUUUCAGCUUAUUGGGCGAAAUCAAGAAAAAGAAGAUAUUAUUGCACUAAUUGAAAAACAAGAUAGCACUCAUGAAGUUCAGGUGAUAGUAGUAUGGGGAAUGGGUGGUCUUGGAAAAACCACUCUGAUAAAAAAUGUUUUCCAAAUCAAAGAUGUCAGUGGCCUGUUUGAAAAAAAAGCUUUCGCCACGGUCUUGCGGCCUUUCAAGCUUGAUGAGCUCCUUAGGAGCUUGGCAUUGCAACUAGAUGCAAACAAGGAAUCCAUGGACUUUACAGGUGACACCCAAAAAAGCAUUGCUUCGAUGGGAGUUGAAGACUUGAUUAAAGUGUUGGGCAGACGUUCAGAAGGAAAGAGGUGUUUGAUUGUUCUCGAUGACCUCUUAGCUAUGGAAGAAUGGGAUAAAAUAUCGCCAAGUUUACGUGAAAUAGAAAAUCUGGUUAUUGUGAUCACCACAAGGCGAGAGGAUAUUGCUAAAUAUUGUUGCCAAAAACCAGAAUGCAUACGCUUGCUCAACGGUCUUCAAGAAGAGGAUGCAAUUAACCUGUUCACAAGAAAGGUAUUUAGGAAUAUGACUACUGAUUUGGCUGAGCAAUAUCCUGCAUUGGUCGAACCAGCAAAACAAAUCCUGAAGAAGUGCAAUGGACUUCCCCUUGCCAUAGUCACCAUAGGUGGUUUCUUGGCUGAUCAACCAACAAAAACUGCUGCAGAGUGGAGGAGACUGAAUGAGCAUAUCAAUGUUGAGCUGGAGAUGAAUCCAAAGUUUGAAGUCAUAAAAACAGUCGUCAUGAAAAGUUAUGAUGGCCUACCCUAUUAUCUCAAGCCUUGUUUCUUGUACAUGUCCAUCUUCCCUGAAGACCGCAAUGUUAGUCGGAGGCGUUUGGCUUACCGAUGGGUUGCUGAAGGUUAUGCGCGAGACAAGCCCACAGCAGAUAGAUACUUCAUGGAACUCAGAGAGAGAAGCAUGAUAUUACCAACUCAGCAAUCAGUUUGCAGCAUACAAGGAUUCGACUCUUGCCAGCUACACGAUCUGAUUCGUGAUAUCAGCAUUGCAGAGUCUUUGGAGGAAAAUCUUGUUUUCAGGUUGGAGGAAGGCUGCAGCUUGAACACCCACGGCGCAAUGCGUCACCUUGCCAUAAGCAGCAACUGGGAGGGUGAUGAGUGUGAGUUGGAGAGCACCAUGGAGCUAUCCCGUAUACGGUCAUUGACAGUGUUUGGCAAGUGGAAGCCAUUUUACAUCUCUGAAAAGAUGAGGUUUCUCCGGGUGCUGGACCUGGAAGGAACAAAAGGGUUAAGAAAUCAUCAGCUUGAGCACAUUGGGGCGCUUCUUCAUCUGAGAUACCUCUCUCUUCGUGGGUGUGAUGACAUCUUUUACCUCCCAGAUUCUGUGGGUAAUCUGAGACAACUUGAGACACUAGACAUCAAAGGGACGGGUAUAGCUAUGUUGCCCAGAACCACCAUCAAGCUUAGUAAGCUAUGUUAUCUGCAUGCUGGCAGCGGUUCAGGGGAUAAUGAGAAAACUUAUUUUUCAAAGUGUAAAGACAUUUGUGAAAUGCAAUGUGAUUUAUGUGUCGGAUGCUGCUCACUGGAUCCUUCAGACAUGGGUGGAUUUGGCAGGUGUGAGGUUUUCCAUCUUGCUUGCUGCCUAAUGUACCCUAAUGUCAUUAGGGGCAUAGAGGAUUCUGGUGUUAAGGUGCCAAGAGGGACCAGGAAACUGAAGGCCCUCCGUACACUACGGUAUGUUCACCUUGCUUGGGGAACUGCCAUUAUAGAAGAGAUAAAAGGCCUCACUGGUCUGCAGAAGCUAGGAGUGGUCGGUAUCAACAAGAAAAAUGGUCCAGGUUUCUGUUCGGCCAUUUCCAGUCUCAGCCAUCUUGAAUCAUUGUCAGUGCGGUCAGGUGAUGGCCUAAAUGGCUGUUUGGAUGGCAUGUCCACAGCUCCGGAAAACCUGCAGAGCCUCAAGCUAUCCGGCAGCCUGGAAAAAUUGCCGGAAUGGAUCAAGGGGCUCCAGAAUCUUGUGAAGCUCAAGUUAGAACUCAGCGAGCUAUCAGGGAACCUUGAAGCCAUGCAAGUCCUUGGGAACCUACCAAACCUAUCCAUUCUGGGUUUGUGGGAUCGCUUUCUUGAGAUUGAUGUACUCCAGUUCCAGACUGGCCUUUUCAGAAGGCUCACGGUGCUUGAUCUUUUCUACACAGCUAUGGAAAUUGAAUUAGUGGAGUUCCAGAAAGAAUCAGUGCCCAGUCUUGAGAUGCUGACCCUUAGCCUUGGAGGUACCGAAAUUGCCUUCUCUGGGCUAGAACUUCUCCAAAGCAUCAAGGAAGUACGGCUUAGUUUUCAUCAUCGCUUUUAUGGCACACGCAAAUCAUCAAAAAAUGGGGGAAAUGAAGAAAGGAGGAAAAGAAUGUAUGAAGAGCUGAAAAAAGAAGAAAAGAGAAACAAACCAAUGCAAGAUAAAUUCAGGGAGGAGUUGCAGAUGCAGCUUGAUAGGAAUGAGAAUCGACCCGUCUUGAAGAUGCAAUGA